AAAAUUAUAGAAAUUAUAGAAAUAGUUUUCAAUAGGACGUGAGAUAACCUUACAUACUUGGAAAAAAAUAAAACACGCACCACGGAUUACAGAUUGUAUUUUUAAUUUUUACAAACAUAGUUCUAAUUUUAAACGUUUCAGGAUCCUAUUUUAAUACUUUCAAACAGGUAAUUUACAAUUAGAAGAUCACUACAUUGUCCGAACUCUGAAGUCAAGUUAAAAUAAUCAAUUGCCAUUACUCAUUAGUAAUCGUGCAUCAUGGGACGCAAGAAAAUUAAUAUAUCCAAAAUCACAGACGAACGAAACCGUCAUGUGACAUUUAACAAACGAAAAUUUGGUGUUAUGAAGAAAGCUUACGAGUUAAGUGUGUUAUGUGAUUGUGAAGUAGCUAUCAUUAUUUUUAACAAGUCCAACAAGUUGUAUCAGUAUGCUAGUACAGACAUGGACCAAGUAUUACUUAAAUAUACUGAAUAUAGUGAACCACACGAAUCAUUGACAAACACCAAUAUUAUUGCUCAACUAAACAGGAGAGAAGGCCCUAGAAAUUCUAAUUCUAAAUCUGUUGAUUCGUGUGUUAUUGAUGAGCCUAAUACUAUAGCUCAACCCAAACAAUUUAAAGUAAUGUCCACUCCUAGAAUUAAACUUAAACACAAUGAUAUUUCUGAUGAAGAAUUUAGAAUACUUAUGACACAUGGAAGAAGAAUAAUGGAUGAUGAGUAUGACGAAGAUGAUGAUGAAGAUAGUAAUGGUCUUGAAUGUGAAUAUAUUCCUGGCAUUCCUGAAAACGAAAUUCCAGAAGCUAUAAGAAAAAUACGAGAGAAUAAUUCUAUUGAAAACACUAAACGAGUGAAUUCCAGUGACUCAGACAUGAGUGAUGACGAGUUAAAAAUUGACAGUGGUGCUGAUGAUGAUUUUGAAGACAUUGAUGACAAUUUACACCAAGCAAAUAUAGAAAGAUAUAUUUCUCCUCCAACCACCUCGAGACAACUACCUUUGCCAGUUAAUAUUAAAGUCGAAAAAAAAGAUGAAGUAGCUGAUGUAGAAAUAAUCGAAGAUGACGCUAAUACACCUGAAGAAGUAAAAAGCAAUACAAAUCUACAAUUAACAUCAGAUGUUCCGAAACCACCAUUAAUUCCAAAUACUCACUCAAGUUUGGAUGUUAUUCAAAAUAAAUCUCCUAAAAGUCAUCCUGAAAAUAAUGCAAGGUACCGUCCUUAUAAUAUUUUACAUACCUCUAAGAAAAUGGUAAAAAUACCACCACAGAAAUCUUUGGAAAUCCAAAGUAGCAUAUCUCAAAAUAGACAGACCCCAAAGCAGGAACGUAAAGUUUAUGCAGGAUUUAAACAACGUAUACAGGUCAAAAAAGAUUUGAUAAUGAGUUCUGAUGAUACAAUCAUUAGUGAACAUACACCACUAAGUAGUAAUACAAAUGACUCUUAAAAUUACAUGUACUUUUAAAUUUAAACAUUCCAAAUUUUAUUGCUUUUAUUUUAUACAUUUUUUUUUUAAGACUGUACUUUAGGUAACAAUUAUUGGUAUUCAUUUAUAUUUAAUUAUAUACAUAAUACAAUUCAAUUUAAAAAUGUAGUCAUUUGAGUCCUUUGUUCAAAUAUCCUAUUUAAAAAAAUGUAAUCAUUUUAAUAUUUACAUACAAUUGAACAUAUAAAAAAUGUUGGUUAAGUUUAUUUGGUCUAGAUAUUAUUUUAUUGAAUAGUUUUAAGGACAUAUUAUGUAUCACUUUUGAAAAAAAAAAUUGAUUAGUUAUAUGUAUUAUUAUAUUUAGAACUGGUUUUUAGCUCUUGUUCCAUAGUUUUUACAGCUAUAUUUAUUAAUAUUGUAUGUUAAAUUUUAGUAUUAUUAAUUAUUAUUAAUUAUAAUUAUUUAAAAUAUUUUUACAUUAUUAUUUAGAUCUUUAAUUUGAUAAAUGUAAAUUUGUCAUAAUUAUUAAUGAUUAUAAUAUAACAAUAUUACAAUACAUGUUUAUUUCUUUUAUCUUAAAUUUUAAGUUCUAUACCUUAAUGACAUUAAUUUAUGGCAAAUUAAAUUGAUUGAACAUUUAAAAUAAAGAAGCAAUAAAAAAAUAAUAGUUUAUUCCAGUAUGUGAUCAAAUUAUCAAAGAACUAGUGAGAUAUUGCAUAAUAGUUUUCCCAUUCCAAGAUAUCAUUAGAUUAAUUUUUGUGAUUAGCUUUCUACAAUCAAAAUAAUAGGAGGAUGCAUAAUUAUGGAGGUGACUUUAAAUAUUAAAUAUACUGUAAUAAUGUGCAGUACAAAACACAUGACAGAACUCGAGAGUCAAUGAUCUGUCUACAUAAGGGGUCCCCGACCAAUCUUUCUAGGAAUAUAAGUCGAUCAUUAUAAAAAUUAAUUUUACCAUUAUUGGUCGAUCGCAUAAUAAAUUAUUAUGAUUAUUAUUAUUAUUAUGAAGAAACAAUAAAUAAUUAUUCUUUGGAGCUUAGACCUUUUUUUUUAUUUACUCAUCAAAGACCUAAAUUAUCCUGGAUGUUGAUCAUCAGGGACAUAAAAUUUCAAAUGUAGCUCUUGUUUAAAAAGGUUUGCAAAUCCUGGUCUACAUUAACAUAUGUGCAGUAAAUCAAACACUAAUUAAUCUGCAACUAGUCCUUAAUUCUAUGAAAAAAUAAAUACUGAGUAAGAAUUUUAAAUAAAAAUUGGACCUAUGCGGUUAUUUAGAUCAUUAUAUAAGUUUUAAAUUAAAGAUAUUUUAUACAUUUAAAUGAUCCAUCUUAAUAAUAUUUUUAAAUUCAAUAAUUACCAGUUAAUAUGCUUUAGUUAAAUUAUUCUGUUUUUACAAUUUAAUAGGAACUUUAAGUACAUAUUUAUCAUUAUUUUUUAAUAACACUAGUGCUCUGGUAAAUAUAGAUUACCAUUUCCUAUCAAAAGGAUUAAUUUCAUGCCUAAGCAGUUUUUAUUUUUUUUAAGUAAUAAAAAUAUUAAAUAACAUUUUUGAUGAAACAAAACAAAAAAAUAUAUUAAACAUCAUAAUAUAGGUAUUGCACAUCAUACUGUGUUCUCCAGGCACAAAAUAAAAACAAUUAAAAUUAUAAUAAAAUAAAUAAAAUAACUUAUAUAAUGGUAAAAGAAAAAUACAAUUACUGCAUGGAAACUAUAAUUAGGGUCAUAAACUUAUAAAUGUAAUCACCGAUUAAGUCUUAUAAAGGAGAUACUCUUUAAGAGCGUUGGGUAAUGGUAA